UUGACACCGUUUGUUGAGCGAGAAAACUAUCAUUUUUCAAGAAACUGUAGACUUCACCCUGAAAAUGAUAUAUUCAGGGAUCAGGAGGAGCAUAAAAUUUUCGUAGACAGGCAUGAUUGGCGGUGUGGAUAUUGUAGAAAAGUUUUCCGUGAAGAAAAAUUUCUUGAUCAGCAUUUUGAUAACAGGCACUCCAAUCUUCUGAAUGUAAGUCAUGAUAAUUGCUUGGCUGAUUUAUGUGGAGCAUUGCAUUGUGAUGCUGUUAUGAAUUCCAAGUUCUCUAGAACUAAGUGUUAUCCAGCAGCUGCUGCAAAAAACCGUCACCUAUGUGAGAGUCUUGCUGACAGUUGCUUUUCCAUAAGCCAGGGGCCAUCAGCAAGCUGUCUUCAUGAAUUGUUUAUACACCAGUUUUGUGAUGCUCACACCUGCUCAGGGAAACAGAAGCCCUUCUCUAGAGGAGGCAAGGAGCAAAGUAGUUUCUUCCGCCUGGCUGCUGGAGCAUUGAUCUUGGUGCUACUUCCUGUGUUCUAUCUUUUUCUUUAUCUUGUUCAAAGUGAUAUGAAGGGUCGAACUCAGGAGCUUCGUCGCAUCUCAAAAGCAGGAUGGAAAGUCAAACCAUCAUGAGUCAUGAAUGGUGUGCCUCUUGUCCACUAUCAUCAUCUAGGGUGAAUGGUUUGACAUAGAUGGGAAGAUCCAAAGAUGUACUGCUUAAUGUUGAUUUUAGGCUUUCCUCCAAGAAGAUUCACCAUGGACGUCCAUGUCAAUCAAAGAAAUCUAGAGAACUCUUAUGGAGUGCAUGAAGGAAAUCAAGCUUCACGGUCAUCAAAAACCUUCCCUGCCAGUGACUGGGAAGUAUCAAGUGUUAAUUGAUGAUCAUACAUCUUUCGACUUUUUUCGCUUAAGCAAAGAACUUCGUUAUAAGAAGAACAGUUAACUAAUCCGUUUUCCAAAUUUUGCUCAAAAUUUGUGUAAUUGUUCCUGUUUGUAUGUUGUAUUGCAUUGAAAACCUCAAUGUACCAACCAAGAAGCUGCUGUGAAAAGGCAAAAUUUGUUUACACAUUCAGUGCCACCACCACCACCACCGCCACCUUUUGUAUUUGUCAUCCAAUAAUCAAAUGAGAAAGCUAAAUAGAUUUUCUUGUUUC